AUGGCAGAUGAAGAGGAUAUCAAGGAGUUUCCAGAUGUGUCGGAAAAACUGAAGGCGCCGAAGAAGAUAUCAGCCUUCGAGAAAGAGCGACUUGCAGCUGAAGAGAAGAAGAGGCGUGCAGAAGAGGAGAAUGCAGCUGCGCUGAGAGACUUUGAGGCAUCCUUCGGCGGCAAUGAGGACGAUGAUAGAUACGAUGGGUUCCCUAGAAUGCCAAGUGGACCUAGAGGGUCCGGAAAUGGUAGUGGAGUCUAUGGGGGACCACAGGGCAGGUUGGCAGGAGGUCCUCGUAGCGGACCAGGCAGUCUGGGGCCUAUACCAGGUCCACCGCCAAACUUGAAGAGGAAGAGAGCUCUCGACGAGAUGCGGGAGGCACAGGAGGCGCGGAGAGAAUUGGAGGCUCUGCAAGGCGAGUACGUCAAGGGCGGGCAGGGCAUGGGCGAGCAGUACUCGUCUGUGAACGAGGACGACGUAGAAGAUGUCGCGCCACGUCCAACUGUGCAACUCACGGGCAUACCCCCAUCAAUGACCGAAGGCGAUGUGAAGGUCCUAUUGCGGGGCCAUCUGACUGUCCACCAGGUCAGCUUCCAGCCGCCCAGCUGGCCUGGCUCGAGUGCGAAGAGAACAUUGACUGCCAUUGCCACUCUUGCGUCCGAUACGUCGACCUCGCAGAUCGAUGCAGCAAUAAGUGCGCUCAAGGACAAAUAUCUCGGAAACGGCUUUUACCUUUCGAUAUCUCGUCACCUGUCUUCAACAUCGCUUCUGCCCACCAUGUCCUCUUUACCGACGGCGGCCUCAACUGAGCCAUUUGGAGCACAAGUACCCAACAGAGACCAGCCGAGAGGAGGAAAUAGUAUGCGCAGUGCACCUCCACCCUCUGAUUUUGCCCCGCCAGAUUCCUAUGACACCCCGGCACGAACGUCGAUAUAUGCCGAUGCGACUCUCGAAGUGCAGCCGCCGCUUGAGAUCAGCACGAUCAGAGCAAUCCAUACUCUUGUUGAUCGGCUGCUAUCGGUUCCGGAUCCUGAUCGAGCGUUGCAACUGGAAGCCAUGUUGAUGAAACAACCGGAGGUUCAACGAGAUGAACGGGUUUCCUUCCUUUACGACUCGAAAAGCGCGGCUGGAGUGUACUAUCGAUUUCUGCUGUGGAACGAUGACGAUAACUUCGAUGCCAUUCAGGAACGUAAACGACUGGCUAAGGGACCGGAGCGCAUCUACGACGACAUUGUCAUUGACUGGUUAGCUCCGUCGGAAGAAGUACCUUUUGCAGACCUGUCGUCGCUUGGAGAAGUCAUUGACCAUACGAAUUACGAAUCCAGCGAAGAGGACAGCGAUGAUCCGGAAGAGCGUCAGUUCAAUGCCAGCCGAAGAGAAGGCGAGAGAAAGCCUGGAGCAUCCGAGAAGAAGCAUCUCACGCCGUUGCAAGUUGCGAAAUUCGCGUGGCUGCUUUCCCGUCUUCCUUCAAACCACGCUAUGUUACGCAAAGGAAACAUUGCACCCAUCACUUCAUUCGCCAUCAAUCAUGCCGGCGCUGGAGCUGAAGAGAUUGUGGACAUGAUGGUUCUCAACGUGGAGAAGCCGUUCACCGGUACUCAGUGUGCCAAAUUUGGCGACGAAGAUGUAUCGCUAGGAGAAGACGACGAAUAUGAGCCCGACCAGGAUCUUCCAACGAUUGAAGCGGUGCCGAACACAGAGAGAGCGGGGAAGAAAGAAGCUGAAGAUCCUUCAGGCGCGAAGAUUGUCGCUCUCUACCUCAUCAACGACAUACUUCACAACGCAUCUACUGCAGGAGUUCGAAAUGCCUGGAAGUACCGACAACUUUUCGAGAAUGCUUUUCGGCGGCAGAAGACAUUCGAGCACCUCGGACAGCUGGAUAAAGAGCUCGGUUGGGGACGCAUUAAAGCCGACAAAUGGCGGAGACAGAUCGGAGUUCUGUUCGGCAUCUGGGAGACCGGCAGCGUCUUCGCCAGUGAAGUCUUUGAAAUACUCAAGAAGAAUUUCUCUGAUCAGUCGAUGGGCGAGAGCGAGGACAAAGGUCAACAGAAGGAGAGCACUCCGGCGGAAGACAAAUGGGUUAGUCGAUUCAAACGGUUUGAUGAAACAGCAUCCCCCGCCAAAUCGGCAUCACCAGCGCCAAUUGCAAUUGUGCAGAGCGGGCCAAUUCCUUUUGAGAACGAUCUGGACGGAGCACCAAUGGAUGAUGUUGAUGGUGCUCCCAUGGAAGAUGUCGACGGAAUGGCAAUGGACGACCUGGAUGGCGACCCAAUGGAUGACGACGUGGGCGGAACGCACAUGGACGAGCCAGUCAGCGAUCCAGUGGCAGGCACGCCGAUGGUCGAUGCACCUUCCAACGAAGAGGGCGCCGAAGAUGAGCGUGGAGCCCAGCCGUUUGGCAAGAGUGGAUUCGCGAUCAACGCGUCGAACAGCGAAGCCAAGGCUGCAGAACCUUGGCGGCGUAGGAAGCUGGCCGAAGAUAUGUUUGCAGACGAUAGCGGCGAAGAGUGA